CCCCGGCGGGGCCUCGGCGGGCGGGAGGCGGGAGAUCGGCCGCCGCCAUGGAGGAGCUGGACGCGGAGCCGCCGGUGAUGGUGGUGCCGGGCGCGGACCCGUCCCUCCGGCAGCUCUGCUUCGCCUGGGGCCCCGCCGAGAUGCUGGUGUGCGAGACCCUCUUCGGCCGCAAAGGCACCGCGGAGGGAGGGCCGAGCUCCUCCCACGUCUUCGUGGUCCGCAAGGACCAGGACAUCUACAUCCAGACCCUGCGGAAACUGUUCAACGAGUCUCACGGGAUCUUCCUCGGCCUCCAGCGCAGCGAGGAGGAGCUGGCGGGCAAGCCCAGGAAAGCACAAUUGGUUCAAGUGAGUAAAAACUACCGCUCAGUGAUACGAGCCUGUAUGGAGGACAUGCACCAGGCAGCCAUUUCCACACGGGAGCCAGCCCUGCAGAGCCAGUACAGCACUCAGGUUUCUAUUCUCUCUGCAAUGGAGCUGAUCUGGAACCUCUGUGAGAUUCUGUUUGUUGAAGCAGCUGCAGCUGGUCCCCUUCUGCUUCGCCUCCUUGACUGGGUUCGGCUUCACGUCUGUGACGUGGACAACAUGGUCCGUGAGGUGCUGAGCAGUGAACAGCCAUCCAAGCACAAGCUCUUCUGGAACGUGGUGGAUAUCUUUGUGCUGCAAGGCCGGAUGGAUGAAGCGAGGCACUUGCUCUCCAAGGAAGCCACUGCCAAUCCCACCUCAGGGAACAUGUACAAAAUCUUGGAUGACUUGAUGAAGAAGAUGCCUGUGCCCAGUCUUGGCAACACCCAGACCCUGACUGAGAUGGAGCUGAAAUGGCAGCACUGGCACGAAGAAUGUCAGCGGUACCUCCAGGAUGGAACCUUUGCCUCCGAUUCCCGCAUGGAAUCCAUCUGCAAGAUCCUGCUGGGAGAUGAGGAUGCCAUACUGGAGAAGAAGGAGCUCAUGACGACUUGGUACCACUUCCUGGUUACCAGGCUCCUGUACUCCCACCCCACUGUGAAGCCGAUGGAGCUGCGCUUCUAUGCACAGUCUAGUCUGGACCUGUUCCUGGGAGGAGAAAGCAGCCCUGAGCCUCUAGACACGAUUUUAAUGGCAGCCUUUGAAUUUGAGAUUCAUCAAGUGAUCAAGGAAUGCAGCAUUGCCCUGAGCAACUGGUGGUUUGUGGCUCAUCUGACAGACCUGCUGGACCACUGUAAACUCCUGCAGUCCCACAAUCUCUACUUUGGCUCAAACAUGCGUGAGUUCCUCCUGCUGGAGUAUGCCUCAGGACUCUUCUCCCAUCACAGCCUGUGGCAGCUGGGGGUAGAUUACUUUGACCACUGCCCAGAAUACGGCCGGGUGUAUUUGGAGCUUCACAUCGAGCGGAUUCCCCUGAACACGGAGCAGAAGGCCCUCAAAGUGCUGAGGAUCUGUGAGCAGAGGCAGAUGCAUGAGCAAGUUCGGAGCAUCUGUAAGAUCAUGGCCAUGAAGGCUCUCAGGAACAACCGCUUGGGCUCUGCCCUGUCCUGGAGCAUCAGGGCCAAAGAUGCAGCUUUUGCCACGCUGAUAUCUGACAGGUUCCUGAAGGACUACUGUGAAAGGGGGAGCUUCUCUGACUUGGACCUCAUUGACAAUUUGGGGCCAUCCAUGCUGCUCAGCGACCGCCUGACGUUCCUGGGGAAGUACCGCGAGUUCCACCGGCUGUACGGGGAGCAGCGCUUCACCGAGGCAGCGCGGCUGCUGCUCAUGCUGAUGACGGCUCACAUCGCUCCCUGCUCCUUCUGGAUGACUCUGCUGACAGAUGCCCUUCCCCUGCUGGAACAGAAAGAGGUCAUCUUUUCAGCAGAGCAGACCUACGAGUUGAUGCGCUGCCUGGAAGACCUGACAGUGGGGAAGUCAGAGAAGCAGAAAUUCCAGGAUGAUAAUGAGACAACCAAAGUGGAAAUGCUGAGACUGGCCCUUGCCCGGAACCUCGCGCGAGUCAUCGUCAAAGAGGGGACGCUGGAAGGCUCCUGAAACCCCAACCUGUGCCUCAUCCUCUGGCUCACUGUACAUAAGCCUGGCUGCUUUUCUAGGAAUAAAGGCCUUGUUUUGCA